AUGGUAGACCACGGUGACGUUGCUCCUCGUCGUGGAGAUGAGAUUCAAUGCCCUUGGUCUUCCACAGUCUUGUUGCUAGAUGUUCUCUAUACAUUUCGUGCAUCCGUAGGAGUGUUCUAUGGCGUUCUUGCAGAAAGUCAAGACAAGUACGGCUGGCCGUUAGGCUUGGUUGGGCCACUCUGGGUGCUCAGCCAUAGAAGUAAGCUACGUGUGUGGCACGACAUACAACAGUGGCCCCAGUCAACGGAGCAGUUUGAGUCUGAUAUUGAGAGAGUAAUUGGCCAUUAUGAAGCCGAAAAUGGCGACGUUUACUAUGCAAUUCAAUGGAAAGGCUACAUCUGUCCGACAUGGGAACUAGAGGAGAAACUGGCUGACAAAACCAGGAUCACGUCUUACUGUCUGGCGCUCUCAGAAAGUGAAUAA